AUGCCAACAGCAUGCCGUCAGCACGACCCGAAGCCCCUCGUUCGCAUCGUAAAGGCCAAUACUCGUGCGAAUUCUGCAGGCACGGAAGCUCCGCAGCAGCAGCAGCAACAUGAACAACUGCCUGUUACGGCCUCCUUCGUAUCUCCAGUUAUUGCUGCGACGAAUACCGGCGUACCAACUAGCAGCUCCGACCAGCCACCGUCACUCCCGGCUACUACAACCAGCCCUUUCAUAUCUCCGACCAGCACUGGACAAACACAACUACUUCAAGAGGUGCAGUCACUCCGAAGGCUUGCUGCAGAUUUGGAGAGGCGUGUUGCACUGAGCACGAGCACAGCCACCCACCAGAUAGAACAUCAUCCGUCACCAUCGCCCCGUGCCCAUAUCGAGGUGGGUCAGUCGGGAUCGCCAUCAUCGUCCGAGUCGCCCCGUUUGGACCAAGUCAAGGACGUGGUGGCCCACCUGGAGCGCGUCUCCAUGGUCCAAAGCUCUCGGGAACCAAUCUACGUUGAUGACCUCGUGUUCAAGUUCGAACACAUUCGGAAUAUCCCAAGCGCUCCAACUUUCACAGUGCAGAACGUCCACCAUCCCUCGCUCCCCGCUACAAUCGAUAGCCUCUAUCGAAAAAUUGAGAACCAGGAACCAAUUGAGCUGGGUCAUCUCGUUCUCCUUCUUGGCAUUAUCGCCAAUACCAUCGAAGUCUGGUCAUGGCACGAUGAAGUCGAAGGAGAGGAUUCUAUUUUCCCAUCUGCGGUCGAGGCCAAUGCCCAAACUCCCUUAUGGGUUAAAUCCGCGAUGGACGUGAUCAAGAGCGGCGAAAAUGGGCCACCUCUCGCCUUGGAAACGAUUCAAGGAAUCAUUAUCCUGGCCUUUGCCGUAUGCAAUACAGAAGGGGUUUCUCUUCGUUAUCGAUCAUUGAUAUCUACCGGUCUAUUAUUGAGCCGCGAGCUUGGACUACAUCGUAUCGAUCACGAAUCGAAUGCGGCUUCUGCAAAUACAAUUCGAGCCGAGAUGGGUCGGCGCGUUUGGUGGUAUCUCGUCGCUACCGACUGGCUAUUAGCUGUGCUUUACGGCGGGCCAAAUGAAGGCGUAUAUCAAACCCACCCAAAACACAUGAUAGUUAAGAAACCUCGCAACAUAAACGAUGCCGAUCUUGUCGACAAUGGCUGCCAGACAGAAUUUCCCCUCUCCCAUCCAACAGAGAUGUCAUAUUUCCUUCAACGCAUCCGCAUGGCAGAAAUCGCACGACGCACCGUCGACCAAAGCCAAACAGCCGCAGACUCCAGUGGACCAGGAGAUUCCACACAUAUCAUGAAACUAGACUUCCAACUCGACCAGUUUAUCCAUGAUACCCCCUUCUUCCUCAAUCUCGACACCUACGAAGACAAUCCAGAGCCAACUUCUGCCGAAAUCUUCGUUCACGCCUACCUACUCAACCUGGUCAUCCACACUCAGCGUUGCAAGCUUCAUCUUCGGUAUCUCACAUCCGGGCCCAGUAAAAGCCCCAUGUACGCUACGUCACGAGAAAUCUGUCUCAAAUCCGCACGCCAGCUCAUCAGAGCUGAGUCACAACUCGAACGCGCGCAGCAUCCAUUCGUACUAAUCCGGCUACGGCUAUCGGCAAUUCGCUAUGGGGUGUUCCUUGCUUGUAUCGCAUUAUUAAUGGACGCUUAUAUCAAUGGCUCGGGCUCACUUCAGGAUGAAAUCAGUCAUGGCGAUGUCGCCGAGGCCCUUCGUAUCCUCGAGGGCGCAAGGUGUCACUCCUGGGCUGCGCAAAAUCUUUCCGACUCUCUAAAUCAGGUACUUGCCAAAUACCGAGCCCAGAACCCAGAAUUUCAAAAUCAGUCUGCUCAAGACAUCUCUACCCCUUUCACGCCAUCUGGUGCGUCUUAUGUUAGAACUGUGCCGGUUAUGGAAUCCGUGACCACCCAAUUGGCUCCGGGGUCUGGUCAGCUUCCUAUUAUGUCGACAGGAAUGGGAGGUGGGGGUAUGAUGCCGCCCAUUUCUGAUGAACAAUUACCGGGAUCUGUCGGACAGUCACAGUUCGAUAGUCAGAUGGCUCACAACCUGGAGGAGUUUAUCUUUUCGGAUGUGCUUCAGUGGGAUUAUUCGUUUCCGAGUGUUCAGUCAGCGUCUUUCUUUUGA